CUGGAAUCGUCCUCAACACCUGUUUUACUCAGAAUCCAAGCGCCGUGGGGUCCAUCAUGUUGCAUAUGUAAAAUUCAAACCGAUCAUCAUGUGAGAUGUACUAUUCGGACUGUAAUUACAAAAGAUAAGUCCGAUUAAAAACUUAUAUAGACCACACCAAUGGAAACAACGUAAAAUUGCUCCCAAAACCAUUAAAGUUCACACGGUGUGGCCCGAAUGAAUUUUUAUCCGAGGCCGAUCUUUGUAACUUCUCUUCAUUAUGGUGUGUGGUCCAUCUGAGUUGUGGAUUUAUCUGAUUUUUGGCUCUAGAGCCUAAAAUCGUGGAUAGGAUCUGAUUGACGGAGUUGAUUUUACAUACACAACAUGGUGGGCCCCACAGACCUGGGUGUUUUACGCAGUGCGUAAAACAGGUGACGGGUAUUGUAGAAGACGUUUCCCCUCCGCCGGUCUCCCCCGCGCCUCUCUCGAUUCAAAAAUGCAAUGUUUUUCCAGGUAUUUAAUCGGUUUUUCAGAGCGUUUCUGUUUCUUCAAUUCCCCAAGAAAUUUCACCACAGCCAUUCAUCAUGCCCAACUCCAAAUUCCAAACCCUCAAGAACUCCAUUUUGGGUUCUUCUAGAUUCUGUAACCUACACAAAGCUCCUUCAAUCCGCCACCGAAUCCCGAUCUUUGAUCGAAGGAAAGAUAACCCAUGCCCACAUGAUCAAGACAUCCUUCAAGCCAUGCCUCUUCUUGCAGAACAAUCUCCUCAACAUGUAUUGCAAAUGCGGCGACAUCAAUAACGCACGCCAACUAUUCGAUAGGAUGCCCAAACGAAAUAUAAUUUCAUUGAAUUCGAUAAUUUCCAGUUACUCCCAAAUGGGUUUUUAUGAUAAAUCCAUGGAAGUGUUUAUUGAAGCGAGAGCGACCAAAAUGGUGCUCGACCGGUUCACUUACGCCAGCGCAUUGAGCGUCUGUGCUCGAAAUGGUGAUUUGAGAUUGGGUUUGAUAGUUCAUGGGUUGGUUGUUGUUAGCGGAUUGGGUUCGCAGGUUUUCUUGACCAACUCGCUUAUCGACAUGUAUGCAAAGUGUGGUAGGAUGGAUCAAGCGAGGCUUUUGUUUGAUAAUUCAGAUGAAUUAGACGAUGUUUCGUGGAACUCAUUGGUUGCAGGUUAUGUUCGAAUCAGUUCAAAUGAGGAGGCAUUGGAAGUUUUUGUUCAGAUGCAUCGAUUCGGAGUGAAGAUGAAUAGUUUUGCUUUUGGUAGUGUCAUUAAGGCAUGCUCAGGUGUUGAUGGUUUGCAAGAAUUUGGAAAAAUGAUUCAUGGGUGUGUGAUAAAAGCUGGGUUAGAUUCAGAUGUCUUUGUGGGUAGUGCAAUGCUUGACAUGUAUGCGAAGAGCAGGAGACUGGACAAUGCAAUCCUGGUUUUCAAACUCAUGUCCAAUCCAAAUGUCGUUGUAUUUAAUGCCAUGAUUGCUGGAUUCUUCAGAUCAGAGACUGAAAUAUGUGAUGAAUUUGCCAAUGAAGCUCUGAGUCUCUUCUCUGAGAUGCGAAAGAGAGGACUGAAACCAUCGAAAUUUACAUUCUCAAGUAUCGUCCGAGCUUGUAAUUCAAUUGGAGCUCUAGAACAUGGGAAGCAAAUUCAUGCCCAGAUCUUCAAGAACAGUCUCCAAUCUGAUGAGUUUAUUGGGAGUGCACUCAUCGACUUGUACUCAAAAUCAGGUUUGACUGAGGAUGGAUUAAAAUGCUUUAAUUCAAUCCCAAAACAUGACAUUGUCUCAUGGACAUCCAUGAUUGCCGGGUGUGUUCAAAAUGGGCAAUUUGAACAGGCGCUGAGUUUGUUCUAUGAAUUGCUCAUUGCUGGACGAAAGCCUGACCAAUUUACAAUAUCGAGCGUGUUGAGUGCUUGUGCAAACUUGGCAGUUGCAAGAGUUGGCGAGCAAAUUCAGGGCUAUGCCACAAAGUCUGGAUUUAGUUGCUUUACAAUAGUCAGGAACUCGCAGAUUUGUAUGUAUGCUAAGUCGGGAGACAUUGAUGCAGCCGACCAGACGUUCGAUGAUACAGAGAACCGUGACGUGGUGUCAUGGUCUGUGAUCAUUUCAAGCCAUGCUCAACAUGGUUGUGCAAGGGAAGCUCUGAGGCUUUUUGAGGACAUGAAGGUUUGUCAGGUCGAACCCAAUCAUAUCACAUUCCUUGGAGCUCUGACCGCCUGUAGCCAUGGAGGGCUCCUGGAUGAGGGUUUCAGGUACUUUGAAAGUAUGAAAAAAGACUACAGUAUGAUUCCAAACCUGAAGCACUGUGCAUGCAUCGUCGAUCUCCUUGGCCGUGCAGGGAAAUUGGCUGAUGCUGAGCACUUCAUUGUGAGCUCAGGCUUCGAGGAUGACCCUGUAAUGUGGCGGGCCUUGUUGGGUGCCUGUCGAAUCCAUGGUGACACUGAUAUCGCAGAACGUGUUGCGGAGCGAGUCAUUGAGCUUGAACCUCAAGCUGCUGCAUCAUAUGUUUUACUCUACAACAUCUACUUGGAUGCUGGGAAGCGAUCAUCGGCGACAAAAGUUAGAGAUCUGAUGAAAGGCCGAGGCAUUAAGAAGGAACCUGGCCUAAGUUGGAUUCAGAUAGGAACUGAUGUACAUUCUUUUGUGGUGGGUGAUAAGUCGCACCCUCAGGGUCGGAUAAUCUAUGAGAAGUUGGAAGAAAUGUUGGAGAAGGUUAAGGGAAUGGGCUAUCCCGAUAAUGACAGCUCGAUUUUCGACGAGUCCAAUAAAGAGCACAGGGAGAAUUCUGCAAACUAUCACAGUGAGAAGUUAGCAGUAGUUCUUGGGAUGAUUGGUUUGCCGGAAUCAGCUCCAAUUAGAGUGAUGAAGAACUUGAGGGUGUGCAUAGACUGCCAUACAACGAUGAAGUUCUUUUCGAAGAUUGAAAAGAGAGAGAUCAUUUUAAGAGAUCCAAUCCGAUUUCACCGUUUCAGAGAAGGUUCUUGUUCUUGUGGCGACUACUGGUAAUAAGCGUUCAAGGAUCUCCAAGCUUACGGUCUAGACCUCUGUCCAAUUGGCCAUGGACUCAAUAAAGUUUUGGGGGGUGCAGAGAACCGUCCAAUUGAGCUAAUGGGUUCGCAUGGCGACAAGAUCAAUUUUACGCUAGACCUGACCUCACUGUGAUCAUGGGUCUGAUCCAUUCCGGGCUGGCAACAGGCCAGACCCGGAUUAAGGAAAUGACAAACGUUGAAUAGGCUUGACACUACGUAGUUCAAAAUUCAGGCCUGGGCCCAACAAUCGCAGCCCCUAGAUCUAUGUCAGUGACAGCCAAAGGUAGGCCAGGGCUUCAAUGUUGGGCUGGUAAGAGCAAACCAACCUUGACAUUGUACUGAGCUCCAUACUGUUGUACCUUAUUUCUGGCAAUUCUGAUAAAGCCAAUAGGGAGUGACAUGUGGCAUUGUAUGAGGAAUAUGAAGUGGAUAAAAAGAUCUUCAGAGAUUUGGAGUACUUUUUACGAGUUUACAGUUGGCGUAAGUCUAAUUCUACAUGUCAGUGGAUAGUCGACAGAAUGUUAUGGCCGAUAUAUAAGAAGUGCAGUUGAGCUGUUUAAGAUAUAAAAAGUGACCGGGGGUAACCAAACUAAAACAUUGGCCAACAAAAGUGAAGCAAGCAGCCGAGAGGCAUUUGGAAGACGAAUAGUCGUAAAGGAGAAACGUAAUAAGAGAAUAAUCUAUAGAGAGACUUUUCAACUACAGUAACCAUUGCAGUAAUAAAGGAAGGAUCUGGAGGAAAAAGCUACGACAGAACUCGAAAAAUAGCAGAGAAAUUCAAUUGAGAAGACACAAUCUACCCAAUCCAACACAACAACCAAUCAAAUCAAAUAUAUCAAUUUACUUUAUCUCGGCUUUUCUUAAAAGUAGCAAUAAUCAAGUUGCGGUAAUUUUUAGCUAUAAUUUUUAGUUGUAAUCCAAGUCUAUGCUCAUACGCUGGAUUUUUUCUUUAUCCAAUAUCAAGAAGUUCUUUCAAGA